AUGGUUAACUACAUGAAAGAUGUAGCCAAUAUGGGCGGAGAGCUGUCUGUUGACGAACGAAACCUACUGUCCGUGGCGUACAAGAACGUGGUUGGCACUCGACGUGCCUCCUGGCGCAUCAUCUCUUCGAUCGAACAGAAGGAAGAAUCCAAGGGCUCGGAGAAGCACGUUGGCAUCAUCCGCGAAUACCGUCAGAAGAUCGAGACCGAGCUCGAGAAAGUCUGCCAGGAUGUCCUCGACGUCUUGGAUCAAGCCCUUAUCCCAAAGGCCGAGUCUGGAGAGUCCAAGGUCUUCUACCACAAGAUGAAGGGAGACUAUCACCGUUAUCUCGCCGAAUUUGCCUCGGGAGAGAAGCGCAAGGUUGCUGCCACCGCUGCCCAUGAGGCUUACAAGACUGCCACCGACGUUGCACAGACUGAAUUGACUCCAACGCACCCAAUCCGUCUGGGCCUCGCACUCAACUUUAGUGUCUUCUACUAUGAGAUCCUCAACUCUCCCGACCGUGCCUGCCAUCUUGCCAAGCAAGCGUUCGAUGAUGCGAUCGCCGAACUCGACUCGCUCUCCGAGGAGUCCUACCGUGACAGCACCCUGAUUAUGCAGUUGCUCCGAGACAACUUGACAUUGUGGACGUCGUCUGACGGCGGUGAAGGUGAGGCCGGUCCCGCUGGCGAAGCCUCCAAGGACGAGAAACCUGCCGACGCUGCUGCACCUGCCGAGCCAGAGGACAAGACUGAAGCUGCUCCUGCUUCCUAG